CCUUGCAGGAGGGACUGAAAAUACAGCUUCUUCCCGAAUCCACUGGCAGAGUUACUAAAGAGAGCUCAAGACACAACACUGCAGAGUGAUGCCUUGGAAUGUCCUCGCACUUUAUAAACAAUUGUCCUAGGGAGGGAAUAUUUUUACAUGACAUUUGCACAGCUUGACAAAUGACUAGCUGAGACUGUGUGCUUCUCUGAUGAACACUGAAUUUCCCGUAGAGAUACCCCACAAACUGACCAAAGAGGGAUAUCUAACUGCACUGGGAAAGUAGAAGUGGAACUUGGAGCCUUAAAAAACUCAUCAAAACAGCAAACAAACAGCAGCAGUUAAGUGAAGAGAGCAAGAAUUUCAUCUUGGGCAGGAUGGCAUCUGCCCAGGACCUUUUAAUCCUGGCACUAUAUGCCUUGUUACUAGAGUUACCGACUGGAUGUCAUGCAACAGAUACAAGGCAGCCAAGGUUACGUCUGUCACAUAAAGAGCUCUGGGAUUUAAACAGGACGUCAGUCUUUCAUAGCCCAUUUGGAUAUCUUGGUCUUCAUAUAAUGCUGCUGGAUGAGUAUCAAGAACGACUGUUCGUGGGAGGAAGAGACCUCUUGUAUUCCCUCAGUUUGGAUCGAGUCAGCGACAACUACAGAGAGAUCCAUUGGCCCAGUACACCUCUGCAGGCAGAAGAAUGCAUAAUUAAAGGAAGAGACGCUGAUGAAUGUGCAAAUUACAUCCGUGUCCUUCACCGAUAUAACAGAACACAUCUUCUGGCUUGUGGAACAGGAGCUUUUGAUCCUCUCUGUGUUUUUAUUAGAGCUGGACAUCCAUCAGAGGAUCAUCUGUUUCAACUGGAAUCGCACAAAUUUGAGAGAGGACGAGGCAGGUGCCCUUUUGACCCCAGUUCUUCCUUCACCUCCAUCUUAAUUGGUGGUGAACUUUUUACUGGUCUCUACAGUGACUACUGGGGAAGAGAUGCUGCCCUAUUUCGCACCAUGAACCGCAUGGCCCAUCUCCGAACAGAACCUGACAGUGAGCGCCUGUUGAAAGAACCAAAAUUCAUUGGCUCAUACAUGAUUCCUGACAAUGAAGACCAUGAUGACAACAAAGUGUAUUUCUUCUUUACUGAAAAAGCAUUAGAGGCCGAGACAAGCUCUCAUGCCAUAUAUACCAGAGUGGGACGUGUAUGUGCGAAUGAUAUGGGAGGCCAGCGAAUGCUCGUGAAUAAAUGGAGCACCUUCCUCAAAACCAGGCUAGUUUGCUCUGUGCCUGGGAGAAAUGGAAUUGAUACGCAUUUUGAUGAAUUGGAGGAUGUUUUUCUGCUGCAAACUCGAGAUAACAAAAAUCCAGUGAUAUUUGGCCUCUUCAACACUACAAGCAAUAUAUUUAGAGGAUAUGCUAUAUGUGUUUACCACAUGGCAAGUGUCCGAGCAGCUUUCAAUGGACCAUAUGCUCAUAAAGAAGGACCUGAAUACCACUGGGCUCUAUAUGAAAGAAAAGUACCUUAUCCUAGACCUGGUUCUUGUGCCAGCAAGGUGAAUGGUGGUCUGUACACUACCACCAAAGACUACCCUGAUGAAGCUAUCCAUUUUGCCAGGAGUCAUCCAUUGAUGUAUCAGCCCAUCAAGCCUGUUCAUAAGAGACCAAUAUUAGUUACAACAGAUGGAAAGUACAACCUUAAACAAAUAGCAGUCGACAGAGUGGAAGCUGAGGAUGGGCAAUAUGAUGUCUUGUUCAUUGGUACAGAUAAUGGAAUUGUGCUGAAAGUUAUUACAAUUUAUAAUCAAGAGACAGAAUCAAUGGAAGAAGUGAUUCUUGAAGAGCUGCAAGUAUUCAAGGUGCCAGUUCCUAUUAUUUCUAUGGAAAUUUCUUCAAAAAGGCAACAGCUCUAUGUUGGAUCUGAGUCUGCCAUAGCACAAGUGAAGUUCCACCAGUGUAACAUGUAUGGCACUGCCUGUGCUGACUGCUGCCUCGCUCGAGACCCAUACUGUGCCUGGGAUGGGAUCUCCUGCUCCCGGUACUAUCCCACAGGAAUGCAGGCAAAGAGACGUUUCCGCAGACAAGAUGUUCGACAUGGAAAUGCAGCGCAGCAGUGUUUUGGCCAGCAGUUCAUUGGUGAAGUCCUUGAGAAGACUGAGGAGCGACUUAUUUAUGGAAUAGAGUACAACAGCACCCUUCUGGAGUGUACACCACGGAGCUUACAAGCAAAAGUAAUCUGGUUUGUUCAGAGAGCACAUGAUACUAAAAAGGAAGAGGUGAAGACAGAUGACAGAAUAAUCAAAAUGGAUCUUGGCCUCUUAUUCCUGAAGCUGCAUAGGCUGGAUGCAGGGACCUAUUUUUGUCAGACAGUGGAACAUAGCAUUGUUCACACUGUCAGGAAAAUCACCCUGGAAGUAGUUGAAGAAGAACGUGUAGAUGAAAUGUUCAAUAAAGACUAUGAGGAGGAGAUUCCUCACAAAAUGCCAUGUCCAAUGCAGAGCAGUAUACCUCAGGCAUCAAAACCAUGGUACAAGGAAUUUCUUCAACUAAUAGGUUACAGCAACUUCCAGAGGGUGGAAGAAUACUGUGAAAAAGUGUGGUGUACAGAUAAGAAGAGAAAAAAGCUGAAAAUGUCUCCAUCAAAGUGGAAAUAUGCCAACCCUCAGGAGAAGAAGGCAAGGAUCAGGCCAGAGCAUUACCGGUUGCCCAGGAACAUAGCUGACUCUUGAUGGACAAAAUCCAUCCACUGUUCAUGGGUGAAAUUUUAUUUGGACUUAAGUAAGAGGGAGAAAUCAGUUUUGGUUUUGGUAAAUGACACAGGUUUAUAUGUAUAAAAUAUUGGGACUAAAAAAUACUAUGGUAAGUUAUACUGUACACUCAUGACGACAGUUUAGAAGCAUUUUUAAUGAAAUCUUCUUAACUAUCUGAUUUUAACUAGGUGAAUGCAAUCAGAGUUUUGCAUUAGGGAGGACAUGACAAUCUUCAGACUUUGAGAGCUUGAAUCAGUUUCUUGUGUGGCCCAUGCUUGUGCUGUAUAUUGUUGCACAUGAUUGCAUAUUUAACAAAUUCAAAUGUCUAAGCAUUCACAAAUGGAUGAAAAACAAUAACAUAUGUUUUCUUUGUUUCACGAAUUUCUCAUGCUUCUGAAAGUGGCAUGUCUUCAGAUCUUUCUUUUUGAUUGUGACCUGUCUGAGUUUAUCACUGAGAGCAAUUGGUUGUGUUAAUACAGUGUACUGCCAUUUCUAAAGAUAAUGAAGGGAAAUCUUAUUUACUUCCCACCGUUUUUUGUCUUAUCAGCCAUUUAUGAAGCACAAUGCGCUCUCAUAGCUAAAUAAUAUUUCCUAGCAACUUAAUGUAAGUCAAGUGCAUGCUGAGAACACAAACAGAAUUAAAUUCUUCAAUUUAUCUAUAUAGAAAGUUGGAAUAAUGUUUUAGGAAACGAGACUAUCUUGUCUCUAGUAAUGGACGUUGCCCUAGUAGUGGCACGAAUUAAGGGAGUGCCCUCUUGUGGCAAAAUAAAGCAAAAUCCGACAUUGUCAUCUAUUUGGAGAAGUAUAACCCAUACCCACAGAAAGUUUAUUUGCACCUCACACUUACAGUCUUCAUGUGCUAAAUCCAAAGAUUUAGAAGGCAUUUUAGGAAGUAAUUCAUACUGGAAAAACAGCAUUUUAAGUAACGCUUUGUAUUUUUAACAUGCUUUUGGGAUAAAAUGCAGUCAUAAAAAGUUAGGAUGCAGGUUAAAAAGAAGAACAGUGUUAUGCAGCUGUGUUUCUAUAGUUUCAGGGUCUGAUGGAGGUAAAUCUUUUCCUGAUAUGUCAUCUCUGGUCAAAGGCUUUUUUGCUGCUCUUGUGAGUGAUACCAGGAGAGGAGAUCAAAGAAGUAAGUCACUUACAGUCUAGGGCUUUCAGGAAUUACUUAAAAAAAAAAAAUCUUUAUUUAAGUACAAGAAAACAGAUGAAGAAAAUGAAAAAAAAAAUACCAACAUAAAAAACAAAACAGCAUUUCACUACUUGAGAUAUCUGAUACUCCAAUGUGAAUUGGACUUUUUCUUAUAUUGAAUUUAAAAAAAGAUAUGGAAGUUAUAGACACAAAUGAUUCAUUAAUAAAUUAACUCCUCAAAUGAGAACAUGAUUCUUGUAGGGGAAAUAGCCAAAUUGAUACAGAUAUUGAUGUAACCAGGAAAACAUACAAGAGAUUCACUAACCACAAAAAGGCUGAUGUUUAGCUUCAACUUGUAAUCAGGAAACAGAAUUUAGACAUAGUGAGCAUUAACAGACUGGAUAACAGAGAUUUUCUAGGUUUGUUGUGUUAACAAAUACAGCAAUCACUGCUAACCCAGUGUUUUCCAAACAGGCUGUGUAUGAGAAAAUCUCAAAGUUGUUGGCAGGACCAACAAUCUUUGCUGUGCUCCUAUGGGGACAAGAGACUGUCCUGGUGUUUGAAAGGGGCCCAUGGGCACUCUCAGCAACCUGAGUAUCAAAGAAAACAGGGUUUCAUCUUAUGUCAGUAUAAUGGCAGAUAACUCUUUCCAUCAGCCAGUUGUGUUAAGGAAAUCAACGCAUCUGAGGGUUUGAACUUCUUUUAGCUAGCAUGCCUGUCUGAGAGAUGGGUUCAGACACUAUGCACAGCUUUGCGUAAAUUCACACAGUUGCUGACUUUGAUCUGAUGCAGGAGAGGAUAAAUUCACUUUUCCAUGACAGUUUAAUGGAACCUAGCUGCUGGGGUCCUCUGUUUGUUUACACUUAUAUUGAAAGUACUGGCACUGAAGGCUGUGGCAAAGAACAUACACAGAAAAAGCAUCCCUGGUUUGUGCUUGUGCUUAAUCCCUUAUACAAUCCUUGGUGGAAGACUUUAAAACAACGCUGAAAAUAAUUUUCUGAUGAACUAUGAAGUCCACUUCUUUUCAACAAUAAUGGGAGUCAUAUUUUAUUUUUUCUGAUUCAUUUGCUCAUAUCUAGUGCCAAAAGUACCAUUCAUGGACCAUUAGAAAGGAAUAACAGCAUCUCAGCAUGAUGGGAUAAAUAUAACUUUGUGUCUCGUUCUCUGAUAUUUCAGGUGGAAAUCAUGUGAUAUGCAAAUCAGGAUUCUUGAUUUAUUAUGAGUAUUUUUAGCUCCCCAUCUCUUUAGUGGUUACAUUUGGAGAACUGCAUUAAAUUUUUAUUUACCUUUUAAAAUUUAAAUUUCUAGCUCACACAUUGCUACUUUCAUUGGUUGCAAUGCCUGUGAGAAUUCAGAACUACAAGGUCUUGUUCAAAGAGUGCUAUGACAGUUCUAAGAGUGCUAUGACAUCUGUAGAAGAAGAGAAAGAGUGACUGUGUUUUGGAAGGAUAUGCACAAAUGUGCUUGUACACAAUGUUAUUUAAAAUGCUUCUAUGUAUAUUUGGGGGGCAUUGUCUGCUUCUUUUCAUUAUGAGUUUGAUGUAUUUUGUAUGUGCAUGAACUGGUCAAAUUAUAAAUAUAAUUAAGAACUGUAUUUGACUGAAA